AUGAAGCUGAAAGCCGUCGGCUACAUGCAGGACAGCACGAUUGUUCUAUUCAGAAAAAGUUGUUGGAAUAUGAACUGCUUCAAGCCGGGCAUCGACGUCGACUUUCUGAAUAUGGCUUUAGGAAUGGCUGGACUUGAAGCGGAGGUUAUCCCAUUUGAUUAUCCUCCGCCACAAGCUCUGGCUGCGGUCGCAAAUGGCUCUGCUGAUUUGACGGUUCACGCCAUUGUGCAGAGCGCCGAGCGACUAGCCACUGUCGACUUCACGGUCCCGGUCAACUACGUAUUGUACGGCUACGUCGCCAAGGAAGUAGAGGAAUUUCAGGUGUUCCCAAUGAUCCUAAAAAGAUUACAAAAACAGGUUUCAACCCGAAAUAACCCGUUCGCCAUGUGGGUCCUGUCGGGCGGAAAGCGCGACUACGUAACCUGGAUUUUCCACGCGAUCCGCACGAUACUAAAGCAAGAUACGCAAUUGAGAAGACGCUACACCCUUCCGAACGCGAUAUUUAUGAUCUUCUGGAUUUGGUUUUGCUUCUUUUUUACGCAAUCUUUUGAGAGCGCCAUGAAGAGUACGCUGACGUUAUCGUCUAAACGAGGCUACGAGUUCCAGGAUUUGGAGGGUGUCCUAGAGGCUAUCGAAAAUAAAGGGUGGCGCCUGGUGCUACAAGAUGAAACGGGCUGGAAUCCGAUGGAUUACUGCAGGGAUGAGUCGGACCAAUGCCCGCGAAUUCAACAGCAUAUGAAAAAUGCCCUACACAUCCCCCGAGACAGCGAUUUUUCCGAUAAGCUGCCCCCAAAAACCGUCCUAUUCGCCGCGAUGCAUAGCCAUUUGAUCCAAGAUGAUGUGGUUGUGAUCGACCGCGGCGCGCGAUUGUUGUUUAUCCGGGACACAUUUUUGCAGCCGGCAAUCCUAGGCUACGCCGUUAAUAAAAACCUAACAAAGGUUAUGGAGAAGCUCAACAAGGCUUUUGAGCGGAUGUUGGGCUCUUAUGAGAACUUUGCCGGGCGCUAUGGCCGCCCAUACACCCCAUAUCGACGCCUCGAUUCCUACAACCAAUUCUUCCAGCUGCGCGUGGUGUAUUUGCUGCCGCUUUUUCGGCUCACGGCCUACUUUCUGGGGAGCGCGCUGUUAGCGCUGGCGCUUGAGGUCAUUUUGGGAAAAUCGGGAGUCUAUUUGCACCUUCUGCACGAAGAAUGCCGUUGCGAGAAGGGCUCCACGCGACGACACAUUACGCGAAACACAAUUUUGAGCCUAUUUCUUGGGCGAAACGGCGACUAUCCCGUAAAGCGGAGAAGGAAUACAAUAGCC